AGGCAGCUUCCAUUCAGGCACCCAGAAGGACACAGAAAGGCAAGACUAACAGAGCUAACUGUAUUAGCUGGUGGAGACUGCUCCCAGCUCAUCUUCAUGUUGCCCAUUUUAUUCUCUGCAUUCAUCCUGUCUGCUUGCUGCACAGCCAAAGGGAACUGCACCUCCUAUGAUGAGCUGAGAGAGCUGAAGACUGAAUUUGCCAUCAGUCUCUACCGGCAGGUGUCUGAAGCAGAGAACAGGACCAAUCUGGUUGUCUCUCCAGCAAGUGUGGCUGUUUCUUUGGAGCUGCUGCAGUUUGGAGCUCAAGGAAAUACCUUUACAGAGUUGCAAGAUGUCCUAGGAUACAGCAUUCAUGAUCAAAGUGUGCAGGAUUUCAUGCACACGGUGGAUGAAGCAGAGACUGACUCCAGCCAAGGCACAGUGGUCCAGCUGGGAUGUUCCCUCCUUGUGGAUGCAGGCGUGCAGCUCUCGCCCGACUUCGCCAAGCGUGCCGCGCGCUGGGCCAACAGCAGCCUGCUCCAAACCAACCUCACCGACCCCAACACCACCCACACACAGGAGUGGAUCACCACUGACCUUGCAGAUGGGGAUAUGCAUGGGAUGACACCGGAGAGUGCUGGGUCAUCGCUCAGCCAGGUCACCCUGGUGAGCACCCUGUACUUCAGAAGCACGUGGCAAAAGAAGUUUUCCUUCAUGGAUUCCCAGAUGUUGCCUUUUACAACGCCAGAGGGCUCGACCCUGAAAGUGCCUACCAUGCACCACACAGCUGAAGUUAACUAUGGCCAGUUCCAGACUGCAGCUCUGGAGGCUUUCAGUGUGGUCGAGUUACCCUACCUGGGAGAGAAACUCAGCAUGUUCCUAGUGCUUCCCAGCCACAAAAGAACACCUUUGUCCCAGAUUGAGUCUCACCUUUCUGCCAAAACCAUAACUCUCUGGGCCAACAGCUUGAAGAGAACAAAGAUGGACAUUUUUCUGCCUAGGUUCAGUAUUCAAAGCCUUUUUGACCUAAAGACAGUUCUUUCUGCCUUGGGAGUUAGAGAUGCAUUUGAUCCCAUCACUGCUAAUUUUAAAGGCAUUUCAGAGCAAGACAGUCUUUAUAUUUCAGAAGCUAUCCAUAAAGCAGAGAUUGAAGUAACAGAAGAUGGUACAAAGGCAUCAGGAUCUACAGCAAUGGUCUUACUGAAAAGAUCUCGAACACCUAUUUUCAAAGCAGACCGACCUUUUAUAUUCUUCCUGAGACAAGCUAAUACAGGUUCAGUACUUUUUAUAGGAAGAGUUACAAAUCCUUCAUCAUAAGCACUAAGUGCAUAUACUGACUUCUGCUCCUCCUGUGAUGAACUUUCCUCCAAUGAAAUUAAAGACUACAAUGUAUGUAUUUAUUAAAACACAGUUUUAAGCACAUCACUUUUCCAAGAAUCACCACUACCUUAUUGCAUUGUAGACACUGUUGAAACUUAGAGCUGUCUAGGAAUCAUCAGUACCACAACUACAGCAAAGACAGUGUCCAAAUAAACAUCUGCAAAAAAAUGGAACAGGUUUAGCCUCCUAAAUGUUUAACAACAUGAGCCAACAGCUUCUCUUCAACUUUAUCAUGGCUAAACUCAGCUUGACUGUUGCUGACUAUGUAGGUGAUUUGAGUGAAAACAACCCACAAGAAAGCUUUGUGAUGUUAUUUUUCAAGCACAAUUUCAUUUCCUUGUCCUGAAGUCCAAAGCUUAAGAAUAGAACUAAAAUUCAGCCUGACCUCAGACAGUUAUAACCCAGCUGAUAUAGAAGGUAACAAGCAAGCAGCGAAAUGAUGUGAAAAGAAAAUGAAGUUGAAAGGCAUUUUCAAAACUGACACAGAAUCAGAGAAUCAUUAAGGUUGGAAAACAUCUCUUAGAUCAUAGUCUGCCCAUUAACUCAGCACUGCCACAUCCCCCACUAAACCAAGUCCCUAAACACCACACCUACACACUUUUUGAAUGCUUCCAGGGAUGGUGAUUCUACCAUGUGACAGGGGCAGCCUGCUCUUGACAAAGCAGGUAAGAAGCAGAAAUACCCACUCAGUGACCAAACAAAUAGUGCUAAAAGAGACAGCAGCACUAUCUCCACUGCCUUUGAAGCAAACACAACAUAGAACAGACAUUACAGAAAAAUACUGAAUGGGACUCCUGGCAUCAUGAAAAAUGGGAGCUGGUUUUCAGCAUCCUGACAGAAGCUGGGAUAUGGCAAGCGUCCAGCAACUCAUGGCACAAGCAUCAGAAACCCAGGUCCAUAAAGAUUUUGGGGGGAGACAGCAAACCACUACGCAUCAGAGAGGACUGUUUUAAUCAGCUCCCACUGAAUCAAACAAAGCCUUGCAGAUAACCCAGAGCAUCCAGCACAGCUGAAUGAUGUGGCCAGUAAAGCAACCAAUGAUAUUUUGUGUCCAGGCAGCAGCACUCUGUGGCUGUUCCCACACUUGUAAACCCGUAAAAUCCUCUGACACAGAAAACCUCUGUGCAGCCUUCCUCAAAGGCUACUGACCCCUGCUUACUGCAUUGUAUCCCUCAAUAAAACCACAGGGUUUGUCAUGGCUACAGAUGUGCUUACAAAACAUCACUUUGUUAUGCUGGCCACCAAAAUGCAAAGUACACAAGAUAUCCUACUGUAGCUGCAAUUCAGCAUUAGCUCUUUUUCCCUCAUUCUGAUUAACAGCAGAACAUCCAGUGAUACAAACCCACUGUUCAGUGUCUAACACAGAUACCAGAACACAAGCUCUGGAAAGGGAAGGCAAAACAAAUAAUUUUGAUAAAAACUAUACUCAAACCUACACAAAGAUUAAAAUAGAGAUUUUAUUGAUGGAGUAACAAAAGUGCUUUUCUUAAAUAUUUUUCAAAAUACAUUUAUACAGCUUACAAUAAUAUAUCCAAAAUAACUGUAUAUACAAAACAUUACCUUGUUUAAUGUAUGUGCUUUUUACUUUUUGAAAAUUACAAAGCAACUUUUUGGCAAAGUUCAACCUUAAGAGGUGAUAGUUUUGAAGGUAAGAUUAAGAAAAUAGAACCUGAGGGCAAGUGACACUUAUGUCCAUGACAAGCAAGAAGUUCUCAAUUUAGUUAAAUAAAAAUGUUUUUGUAGUAUAUUUCACAUUACAAAAAUAACAGAAGUGAAGAAAAAAAAAAGGAUGAUUGAUACUUCUCAUCACUUUAUUGAGCAGCUUCUCAUUCUUUCAGGUACAGGAACUUGAGAUAAGAGUGCAUGUCAAAAAUGAAUGCAAGUAAGAACAGCAGUG